GUGGUUGACUUCCCUUUAAGGAAAACUUCUCUCUCCAAUAUUGCAAAAGUCUUGCACAGUUUGGUACGUUUUUAUUAACUGAGUCAUUUCCUCAAAGACAGUUCCAUUUAUAGACAUGGAGCUGGAACCUGAAGUGUGAAAAGUCAGCUGGUCACAACAUCUGAGUUUGAGAACGUCUCGCGAUUUUCCUUUUGGUUUGUUUUGAAUGAUCUAUUCACUUCGAAAUCAAUAACUUUGUCCUUAGUAAUUUAGAGAUUCGUUAGAUUAUGAUUAAGAAAAAUCAUUUCAAAGGUGUUUGUGACCUUGAGCAACUAAACGAACGAUAGGUCAGGUAAUCAAGCCGAAACAACAGUAAUCCAGCUUGGAUUGUUUGAUAGUAAGUUCGGUUGUGCUUUGACAUUUACUUAAUUAUUGAACCUUCGCGCGUGACUUUAUGCCUUCUGUGGGUGGGUUCACUUCCAGCCAAUCAGAUUGUGUUUCCUGUUGAUUUGACUUUCUUCUGGUAAAUAUUAACCCGCGGUGAAAUUGCAACUUACAACCCAACAUUCAUUCUUGUCAUAAUUUUCUCUUCGACUUAACUGAAUACUCUAUUUAAUAACUUGUUAAUAACUUGCUUUGGAACGCUCGGACAUUAUAUUACCCAUAACCUAGUACAAUACUACUAAAUAGGAUUUGUUAGCACCUGGCUCAACUGUUGGGUAAAAUGACCCGUGGGUUAUUUUGGCAGCCGGGUGAGUGCGGCUUGAAUCUUCUGGCAGCAUGGGCUGUUGUUCUGGUCCUGAUGUGUGGAUCGAGUGAAGGUGUGACUGCUAAUAGAUGGGACUGGUCUCAGCUGAAGCAGACGUGGUACAAGCAGCAGUUCAAGAAGAUUGAAUCUACUUGUGACAGUAUCCCUGACUACAAUAGGUUAGAUUGUUUUCCUGACACUGGAUCAAACGAGCAAGACUGCAUUGACCGGGGCUGCUGCUGGCAGCCUGCCUCCGACUACUUUAAUGUUCCCUAUUGCUACUACUCCGGAACAUACCAGCAGACCGGAUACCAAAUGGGCAAAAUGACCACCGUCAACAAAACAUACAUGUACGUUGACGCCACACGGCGAGAACCGAGUUGGAUGAAAAACGACAUCAAAACUAUCCGAACUGCAAUUUCGUACGAAACCGAAAGCCGAAUUAGGGUUAAGAUUUACGACCCACAGAACACGAGAUAUGAGAUCCCGCAACGUCUAGUGGAGCGUCCUGUGGACGGAAACUACGCGUACGACGGAACCCCUGAUUACAUCGCGACAGUCAACGAGGGAAGCGCGUACCAAAUUCGAAUCCAAAGACGAAACGGUGGCGACACGCUCCUCAAGUCCGUUCCCGACAACUUCAUUGUUGCAGACCAAUUUCUCCAAAUGUCAUUCACGGAAUCAGGCUCAAAACUCUACGGAAUCGGGGAGCAUCGGGGACCCUUGAUGUACAACAUGACGGCGGGCAAGCGGGUCGCCCUUUGGGCGCGUGAUCAACCACUAAACACUGGGUGUAAUGAGUACGGGUCCCAUCCCAUGUAUAUGUUGUACGAGGACAGUGGAAACGCACACGGAGUUGUCCUCAUGAACAGCAAUGCAAUGGACGUGACUUUACAGCCAGGCAACAUGAUCACGUGGCGAACUAUCGGUGGGAUCUUAGACUUCUACAUCUUCACUGGACCGACUCCGAAAGACGUCAUCAAGCAGUACUUCAAAGUCAUCGGUCGACCGGAGAUCCCACCCUAUUGGGCACUAGGGUUCAACUUGUGCAGAUAUGGGUAUGGAAGCAGUGAAGAGACUUGGAAGGUCGUGAACAGAACCAGAGCAGUCGGAUUCCCACAAGAGGUGCAAUGGAACGACAUUGACUACAUGGACGAGUACAUGGACUUCACCUAUGACCACGGCAACUACUCCACUCUGCCCCAACUGGUGGCCGAUUUGCACAACAACAACCAGAAGUACAUCAUGAUCCUGGACCCUGGCAUCUACGACCAGAAGUCCAAUGACGCCCUGGAACAGGGCAACAAAAUGGGCAUCUGGAUCAACCAGACUGACGGGGUCACCCCCCUGGAGGGACAGGUGUGGCCAGGUCUAGUCCACUACCCCGAUUUCACCAGCAGCCGCAUUGACGAAUUCUGGACAACUCAGAUGCAAAACUACCACGCACAGAUCCCAUAUGACGGAGUGUGGAUAGACAUGAACGAACCUUCCAAUUUCGUGGACGGAUCGACCAGUGGGUGCUCCUCGAACACAUACGAGAGCCCGCCUUACACACCUUCCAUUUGUGGCGCUCUUCAAACCAAAACCAUCUGCCAAUCCGCAAAACAAGAAGCUGGAAUCCAUUACAAUUUGCACAAUAUGUACGGACAUACAGAAGGAAUAGCCACGAAACAUGGGCUGGAAAAGAUCUUCCCGGGUAAAAGAAACGUGAUCAUUUCCAGGAGCACCUUCAUGAGCUCUGGACGGUAUGUGGGCCACUGGACUGGCGACAAUUUUGCCUCGUGGGAUGACCUGAAAUAUAGUAUUGCGUCGACUAUCAACACUAAUCUGUUUGGAAUCAGCUUCACUGGUGCGGAUAUCUGUGGCUUCCUGCAGGAUACGACUGAGGAGUUGUGCACCCGCUGGAUGCAGAUGGGCGCCUUCUACACCUUCUUCAGGAACCACAACGACAUCGCCGCCAAGGACCAGGACCCGGCUGUAUGGUCCUCCGAUGCCAUACAGAACAUGAAGCACUACGCACUUCUCAGAUACAGCUACCUGCCCUACCUAUAUGCGGAACUGUAUCUGGCGGCCACUGAGGGUUCCACAGUGUCCACUGCUCUAGCCUUCGACUUCAUCGAGGACGAGAACACCCACCCCAUAGACACCCAGUUCCUGUGGGGGUCUGCAAUCAUGGUCGUCCCAGUACUAGACGAGGGCGCAACUCAAGUGUCCGCUUACUUCCCCAAAGACAGCUACUGGUAUGCUCUUGAGAACCCAUCUGACACUUUCCAAGGAGGCAAGUACUACACAGUGCAGGCACCCCUCUCUAAACUACCUCUGUUCGUCAAAGCGGGAAGUUUACUCGUGAGUCAGAAACCGGAACUCACUUUGACAGACGCACGGAAGAAUUCCCUCACCAUGGAGAUCUUCAUGCCCAUAGAAGCCAACGAGGGUUCUGGACACUUCUUCUGGGACGAUGGCGAAACUGAUCUAGGAAAGGGAAAGUUCACCUAUGUCAAGUUCUUUUUCCACAGAAUAAUGGGCAAACAAAGCGGCUGGGUGCUCAAAACUGAAAUCAGGAAAGACACGCAUAAAGACGUUCCGGUCUUGGAUAAGAUUAAAGUACAUGGCAUGGACUCAUUUGUCUCAGUUUACGUAGACCAAUUCACGAAAGAAUCGGACAAGUAUAGAGAUGGAAAAACAGGGGCCUUAGUCGUGGAAAAAUUGGGAAUCAACCUUAGAAAGAAGCUUAACAUUUUCUUUUUCACAAGUGAGUGAAACCAGCGCAUAAUUUUAUCGACUCUCUGAAAACAGAUUUAUUUAUUCCAAAAAUAGAUAUUUAUUAGCGUUUCACAGUAAAUUUUCAAUUCAUUUUUGUUUUAUA